AUGUCUGGCGAGUGGACUCCUCCCCCCUUCGGCGCCCCAUGCUGGGUGAACAUCCCCGUCAUCGACGUUGCCCGUGCCAAAUCAUUCUAUACCGCUGUCUUUAAUUGGACCAUCCCCCCCCUCCCCGCCAACCUCAAUGAGAAGGACAUCGCCAUAUUCAGUUUUCCCAGUCACCCCAAGUCAGGAGCCCUGUGUGGUAGCUUUGAGCGCGUCGAUGCCAAGGUGCAUACCAAGGGCGACAGUGCCUUCAAGAUGUACUUUAUGGUUGAGGAUGAUAAGAAGACAGCUGAGGCAAUCAUCGCGAAUGGUGGGGCUGUGAUUGGCGAGCGCACCCCGGAGGGGGAUCAUGGCUUUAUCACCCAGUGCCGCGAUACCGAGGGGAAUGGGAUUGGCAUCUAUAUCAACGAGAAAGAGUGCAGUGGGUAGACAGAUACGACCGAUUGACGGCCCAGGCGGGUUCAACUAGGCGUACUUGUUGCAGG